AAACCACUUACCCCACCAAAAACUACCAAGACCCCUCGCUCCUGUCACGCUGUCCCCUCGCACAACAACCAGUCAUCCUCGCAGCGCCCGAAAACCUGCGAUUGACCGCGCAGAAGCGCCGAAAGCAGACACCGACAAGAUGGCCGCGCCGCAGGACCUCGCCCACCGCACCAAGGCCGCCUCAAAAUGCUACAUUGACCCGACCUCGGGAAAGGAUGACUCGACGGCAGACGGCUCCGAGGCCAAGCCCUACCAGUCCCUCUACUAUGCGCUGCUGCAGCACCUCGACCAGCCGGCGCCCGUCUACCUCACCCGCCCGGCUGCUGCAAAGGAUGGACUCGACGCGACGACGGCAGCAGCGUGGGAGGAGCCCGCCAAGAGCGCCAUGAAGAAGGCCCUCGGCCGCGUCGAUGCGCAGAAGAAGAAGCUCGCCAAGGAGCAGGCGUCGGCCAGGCAGGAGGAGGAGGAGCGGCGGCAGCGGCUGAAGAAUCUCGAGGAGGCCAAGAAGAUCGUGCUCAAGGAGGACCCGUCGCUGCCGCCGGCCGUGCGCAUCAAGCUCAACAACAAGUCGGUCGAGCUCGGCGAUGGCGCGGGCAAGAAGGGUACCCGCGUCAAGGUAUUCGGCCGCAUUCACGAGCUGCGCGUGCAAAAGACGACCACCUUCAUAACGCUCAAGGACGGCUAUGGCUACCUGUCGUGCAUCCUGCCAGCGGGCGACCUGACCAAGAACUAUGAUGCGCUGAUGUUUGCGCUCGAGACGGCGCUGGUGCUGUACGGCGAGAUGCGGGCGGUGCCCGCGGGCGUCAAGGCGCCCGACAACAGGGAGCUGCACGUCGACUACUACAAGGUGCUCGGGGCGGCGCCGAGCGACCUGGACGCCAUCACCAACAGGGUGUCGAUGCAGCAGGACCCGUGGGAUGCGCAGAUGCUCGACAACCGGCACUUGGUGCUGCGCGGCGAGAAUGCGUCGGCCGUCAUGAAACUGCGCGAGUUUGUCGAGCUGGCGUUUAUCGACAGCUACCGCGAGAUGGAGUUCCGCAAGGUGUCGCCGCCCGCCAUGGUGCAGACGCAGGUCGAGGGCGGCGCCACGCUGUUCAAGUACGAUUACUAUGGCGAGGAGGCCUACCUGACCCAGUCGAGCCAGCUGUAUCUCGAGACGGUGAUUCAGUCGCUGGGCAACGUGUACUGCAUUGAGAAGUCGUUCCGUGCCGAGAAGAGCCUGACGAGGCGGCAUCUUUCCGAGUACACCCACGUGGAAGCCGAGCUCGACUUCAUCGAGUUUGACGACCUGCUCGACCACAUCGAAGAGCUCAUCUCGCGCGUGGUGGACAAGGUGCUGGCGGACGAGAGGAUGCGCGGGUACAUGAAGACGCUCAACCCCGAUUUUCAGAAGCCGUCGCGGCCGUUUAUGCGCAUGAAGUACGAGGAGGCCAUCGAGUGGCUCAACAAGCAGGACCCACCCAUCCUCAACGAGGAGGGCAAGCCGCACGUGUUUGGCGACGACAUUGCCGAGGCGGCCGAGCGCAGGAUGACCGACAUCAUCAACCGGCCCAUCUUCCUCACGCACUUCCCCGUCGAGAUCAAGGCGUUUUACAUGAAGAAGGACCCGCAGGAUCUGAGGGUGACCGAGUCCGUUGACGUGCUAAUGCCUGGCGUCGGCGAGAUUGUCGGCGGCUCCAUGAGGAUGGACGACUACGACGAGCUGAUUGAGGCGUACAAGAAGAACGGCAUCCCCCACGAGCCGUACUACUGGUACACCGACCAGAGAAAGUACGGCUCCUCGCCGCACGGCGGCUACGGCCUCGGCCUGGAGCGCUUCCUGGCCUGGAUGGCCAACCAGCAUACCGUCCGGACGUGCAGCUUGUAUUCGCGCUUCAUGGGGCGGUGCAAGCCCUGAUGGAGCCUUGAGGUGGCUGAAUACCUGGUACAGAGUGUGCCAUAGGAGUUCUGGAGCGAGCGGGUUAUUGCUAGAGUGGUGGUUAUAUUUCAAGAGAAUGGCCGGGUUUCUUAGGAGAGGUAGCCGCAAGACAAAUAUAGACUUGCUUGACGUAUUUCGUGAGGAUUUCGGCGCUUAUCUCCGUACUGCAAGGGUAUGUUCUAGGGGGUUUGGAAGUUCUGGGUGUAUUUUGUGUCCUGUUUUUUGUUUGUCUCUGGAUAUGCUCUACUUCAAGCAUUGCCGG